GAUGGUACACACGGAUGAUGAAGGCACACACGGAUGAUGAUGGUACACAGGGAUGAUGAAGGCACACACAGAUGAUGAUGGCACACACGGAUGAUGAAGGCACACACGGAUGAUGAUGGUACACAGGGAUGAUGAUGGCACACAGGGAUGAUGAAGGCACACACGGAUGAUGAAGGUACACAGGGAUGAUGAAGGCACACUCAGACGCAGCCGAUGCGCAUGCGCGGCUCCGCCGGCCAAGACGGCGCUCCCGGAUUGGCCCCGCGGCUGCCCGGCAACGGCGGCGGCGGCGGCCCGGCCUGCGGGAGCGGAGCCGUCCCUGGACCGUGCCGGGACCAUGUCGGCGCGGACGCUGCCGCUGCUGUUCCUGAACCUGGGCGGGGAGAUGCUCUAUAUCCUGGACCAGCGGCUGCGCGCCCAGAGCAUCCCCGGAGAGAAGGCGCGCAAAGUUAUGAACGACAUCAUCACCACCAUGUUCAACAAAAAAUUCAUGGAGGAACUGUUCAAGCCCCAGGAUCUGUAUUCCAAGAAAGCCCUGCGCACCGUGUACGACCGGCUGGCUCACGCCUCCAUCAUGAGACUGAACCAGGCCAGCAUGGACAAGCUCUACGACCUCAUGACUAUGGCCUUCAAAUACCAAGUGCUGCUGUGCCCUCGGCCCAGGGACAUUCUGCUGGUCACGUUCAACCACCUGGAUGCCAUCAAGGAUUUCAUCUCCGACUCCCCUGGCAUUCUAAACCAGGUGGAUGAGACCUUCCGGCGGCUGAUUGAGACUUACAACUGUCUCUCUGAUGGUGAAUUCCAGCUCAUCAGGCAAACACUUCUCAUUUUCUUCCAAGACAUGCACAUCAGGGUCUCCAUCUUCCUGAAGGAUAAAGUGCAAAACUCAAACGGUCGCUUCGUGCUGCCAAUCUCGGGGCCUGUCCCAUGGGGCACAGAGGUGCCAGGGCUCAUCAGGAUAUUCAAUCACAAAGGAGUGGAAGUUAGAAGGGCUGAGUUCACCACUGCUGGGAAUUACAUUACUCCACAAAGGGAAGGAUCUUUUGAGCUUUAUGGAGACAGAGUCCUCAAACUUGGAACAAAUAUGUACAGCAUGACCCGGCCAGUGGAGACACACAUGUCAGGAUCAUCCAAAAACCUGGCAUCCCAGGCAAAGGAGAACAUAGCCCCCAACCCUCUUGCUAAAGAAGAGCUGAACUUUCUGGCCCGAUUGCUGGGAGGUUUGGACAUCCAGAAACCCACUGGUGGCGAGACAGGAUUUCGGCUGAACUUGUUCACAACCGACGAGGAGGAAGAAUACGCUGCACAGACCAGACCAGAGGAGUUGUCUUACAAGGUUAUCAACAUUGAAGCCACACAGGAGCCGGGACGGCGGGCGGAGCUCUUCCGCAUCCUGGGCGAGCUGGAGGUGGCGGAGCCGCGCCCGGGCAGCGCCGAGAAGGGCGAGGACCUGCUGGCACUGAUGGACGGGCUCUGAGCCCUGAGCGGGACACACGGACAGCAGGACAUGGAGACACCGGGACAUUGCAACACACGGACACUGGGGAGCGCGCGGGGCCGCGCUGCCUCUUCCGGACA